AUGUGCUCGGUGCGGAACUUGAUCUGCCGGGGUUCACACUUGGUUUCAAAAGAAGCGAGGUCGAAGGCAGCGGUCUGCAUACAGCCAUUUUCGAGAACGGCUGUGAGUCGUUCUGGUCACCAUAAUCACAUCAAGGACCGGAGGAGCGUUCCUUGGAAAGCAAUAUGUACACGAAGCCGACCUCUGAAUUCCUCUUGCUUCUCUUCCUCGUCGAUUGCUCGGUCGAACUCCGAUGUGAGAGAUGUGGGAGGUGAAUUGCUCGCCCCUUCGUCGGAUUUUCUCGACAACAGUACAUACAAAGCCACCCUCACUUCGCUACAGAGUGAUCCGUCUCUCGUGCCGCUACAUGAUCUUCUUUCUCUACUCGCCUCCUGGCAAGAAGGGCAUCUUCUUCCGGUUCCCUGGGUCGAAACUCUGUACAAGGCAUUGUUGGCCGUUCCGGCGUCGCGCCUGGUCUUGAGUGUUUUGCAUUAUAAUCACCUGCUCUCGCAUCUCGUCAACCCUGCUGCAGCUGAUACCUUAAUUGGCGGUGCUCCAUUCUCGCCUUCUGCUCUGGAGUUUGUCGGGCAAUUGCUCGGCGACAUGAAGGACCUUGAACUGACUCCGACGGCACAAACGAAUGCAUUGCAUAUUCUGGCCCUGAAAGAUGACCCAGCUGCUGCUAUUCCUCUCUACGAUAAGCUGAAGUCAGCGAACAGAAAGCAGCUACCUGUGUUUGCUUUCAACGUGAUUUUGGAUCAACUCUUGAAAUCCGGCGGUGUACCAGGCACUUCACUCCCCGCCAUCAACAAGCGUACCUUGUGGGGUCUCUUUUCAGCCAUUCAAGCAUCCACGCAAGCCCAGCCAAAUGUCGCAACCUACGAGUUCUUGUUGAAGGGCUUUGGCCCACAUCACCUCAAUGCUCCGGAAUCUCUUAACAAAGUUCUGCAAAAGUUGAGAAUGAGCGACACCAUAACAUGGCGCCCGCAGACCUUCGCAGCAGUGCUCGACGCACAUUCGGUACAACCAGACGAACGGCACAUCAAUCGGUUAUCAUAUCAAUUACGAAAAGCUAGAGUUCCCAUGGACAAGGAUAUCCUCGCGGCCCUGCUCAGGUGUUGGUUGAACCUCACCAAACCUUACGCGGUACUCCGACAUUAUCACCAGAAUGUCGGGAAGUUCCCUGAAAGGCUACUGCCGACUCCCCCGGAAACAUACGCUAUCCUAAUACAGGCGUGCGCCGCGAUACCGGAGACUGUCGCGGAGGAAGCCAGUCGAAAGGCUUUGAUUCCAGAGGCUCUACUAAGAUUAGAGGAGGUUCACAAGGACAUGCUACGCGACUCCGAAAAGUGGGACAACAGCAGUUCCAUAAGCAUGCCAUCCGCUGCGACGCAUGUAUUCAAGACCGACCCAUGGGAUUACCUCGCCAAAGCCUUCGCGACGCUGGGCGAGCCGCAAAAGGCGCUGGACGUGUACAGGCAUGUGUCCACCCCGUCCGCGGGCGUCUACAUUCCUAGCCCGAUGAUGCUCGAGUCAAUCGCUCUCGCGUUCGACAAGAUGGACGACACAAAGGCCGCGGAGGAGUUUGCGCAGACGUAUGUGUUUACUCCCCAGACUGUGCAAUUCUAUGAGGAGGUUGAUGUGCCUAGUGAGGUGAAGGAUCCGCUGUUUGUCGUCGGAGAUGGGGAGAGUGCGAAGAUGGACGGUGAAGGAAAGGACGCUAGCGCGGUUAGCAGCACUCCCGAUUCCGUUCAGGGUUCAGAAGAAGGGACUUCGGAUCCAAUCGCUACAACGGAUCCGGAGACGGCUCCGGCCCAAGACCUGGAGAACGCUGCGGAGGCUACGGGUGGUACGGAAUCUGUCCAUGAUGCGGAAGAGGAUGUCAGAGGUUCGAGCCCGAAACCGGAUUUAGAGAAAACAGAGAGCGCUUCCGAUCCGACCGAAGCCUCGAAGGAAGGGGAUAUAGAGACGGUUCCGGCGCAGGAUGUGGAGGAACAGGCUGUAGAUGGGACGGAUUCUGUUCAGGACCAAGUCGACGGCAAUCCGGAUGGAACUGAAGAUGCAAACGAAGAGCCUGUGCAGGGCAAGCAGCCCGAAAAUGCCGAGCCUACCACCAGUCGGGGUGUCGGGCUGAGGAGGACGCGCUUGUGGAGGGAAAAGCAUCAAGCAAAUGGGAAGCCAUUCAUAGUUUUGGAAACGGGCGUAGGGAUAUGUGGAAACCGAGUGGCUUGA